AUGGACACCCGGGUGCAUAGGACGCCAUCUCCGGCGCAUCCACUCCAGCACGGGUACCACUUGGAGGACAACCCGUACGGUCACUCGCCCUUGGACAUUCCUACUGCAGGCCCCGGGAGAUACAGCCCCGGCGACUCAUUACACAUGCAGACCGCACAAUCCGUUGACAACCUUGGGAGCUACUCGGUUGAUCCCGAGGCGCAUCACGAUGCCUACUACAACCAACCUUACGAGCCGCAUCCUAGCCAUGGUUACGAUCAGACAAUGACGCCGUACGAUCAGACGACGACGCCCUUCUACGACGACGACAACCGGCCGAUGUUGACACAUACCGACUCGCAAGUUGGCGCAAGUGAUCCGUUUCAUGACAACCCGCAGCCAAAGACAAACAACCAGCCGAUCAAGAGGUGGAAGACCGUGAAACAAGUCCUGCUGUACCGCGGGAACUUGGUGCUGGACUGCCCAAUCCCCCCGAAACUGUUGAAUCAGCUGCCUCACGGCGAGCGUGAUGAGUUCACGCACAUGCGCUACUCGGCGGCGACAUGCGAUCCCUCCGAGUUCUACGAGAACAACUUCACUCUCAGGCAGAAGCUUUUUAGCAAGCCACGGCACACCGAGCUGUUCAUCGUCGUCACCAUGUACAACGAAGACGAGAUUUUGUUCGCGCGCACCAUGAUAGGUGUAUUCAAGAACAUCGAGUAUAUGUGCAAGCGGACCGAGAGCAAGACGUGGGGCAAGGAUGCCUGGAAGAAGAUCGUCGUUUGCGUCGUCAGCGAUGGUCGUGCCAAGAUCAACCCCCGGACCAGGGCGCUUCUGGCUGGUAUGGGCGUCUACCAGGAGGGCAUUGCCAAGCAGCAGGUCAACGGCAAGGAUGUCACGGCUCACAUUUACGAGUAUACCACCCAGGUCGGUAUGACCAUCAAGAACGACGUCGUCCAGCUUAUCCCCAAGCAGCAGCCCGUGCAGAUGCUUUUCUGCCUGAAAGAAAAGAACCAGAAGAAGAUCAACUCGCACCGCUGGUUCUUCCAAGCGUUUGGCCGCGUCCUGGACCCAAACAUCUGCGUGCUGAUCGACGCCGGUACCAAGCCGGGCGGCAGCUCCAUAUACCACCUGUGGAAGGCAUUCGACCUGGAGCCCAUGUGCGCCGGCGCGUGCGGUGAAAUCAAGGCCAUGUUGGGCACGGGCGGCAAGAACCUUGUCAACCCGCUGGUAGCGACGCAGAACUUUGAGUACAAGAUGAGCAACAUUCUGGACAAGCCCCUCGAGUCGGCCUUUGGCUUCAUCUCGGUCUUGCCCGGUGCCUUCUCGGCCUACCGGUACGUGGCGUUGCAGAACGACAAGAACGGUCAGGGCCCGUUGGAGAAGUACUUUGCCGGCGAGAAGCUGCACGGCGGCGACGCCGGCAUUUUCACGGCCAACAUGUACCUCGCCGAGGAUCGUAUCUUGUGUUUUGAGCUCGUCACCAAGCGCAACUGCCACUGGAUCCUGCAGUACGUCAAGUCGGCUACGGGCGAGACCGACGUCCCGGACACAGUCACCGAGCUGAUUCUCCAGCGUCGUCGCUGGCUCAACGGUUCCUUCUUCGCUGCCAUCUACGCCAUUGUUCAUUUCCACCAGUUCUUCCGUUCCGACCAUUCCAUCCUGCGCAAGUUUGCCUUCUUUAUCGAGUUCAUCUUCAACACGGUCAACAUGAUCUUCUCCUGGUUUGCUAUUGGCAACUUCUUCUUGGUGUUUAAGAUCCUGACGACUAGCUUGGGCGACGAUAAUCUGCUGGGCAACGUUGGGAGAAUCCUUAGCGUGGUCUUCACCUGGUUGUACGGCAUGUCGCUCAUGACCUGCUUUGUUCUGUCGAUGGGUAAUCGGCCGGCUGGAUCAGGGCCAUACUACAUGGCCAUGGUUAUCUUUUGGGCGAUUCUCUUCAUCUACCUCAUGUUCGCGGCCAUCUACAUCGCCGUCGUCGCCAUCCAAACCGACCUCAGCACCAAUGGCUUCAGCGUCGACUCGCUCUUCAAAAACAAGGUCUUCUACACCCUCAUCGUCUCGGUCAUGUCCACCUACGGCAUCUGGCUCGUCGCUUCCCUGCUCAUGUUCGACCCCUGGCACAUGUUCACCUCGCUCAUCCAGUACAUGCUGCUUUCGCCGACCUACACCAACGUGCUCAACGUCUACGCCUUUUGCAACACGCACGACAUCUCGUGGGGCACCAAGGGCGACGACAAGCCCGACAAGCUGCCCUCGGUCAACACCAAGGACGGCCAGGGCAAGACGGACCUGCCGGACGAGGGGGACCUGAACUCGCAGUACGAGAAGGAGCUACAGGUGUUUGGGCGCAAGCCCGUCAAGGAAGUCAAGCCGCCCACGCCGAGCCAGCUCGAGGAGAAGCAGAUGGACUAUUACCGCGGCGUCCGGACCGUCGUCGUGCUCGUCUGGAUGAUUAUGAAUUUUGCCCUGUGCGCCGUCGUCUUGUCGACCGCCGGCGUCGACAGGCUCGUCCCCGAAAACGGCCAGACCGAGGAGCAGAUCAAGAGCGAUCGCGCCAAUGUCUAUCUGAGCGUCGUGCUCUGGUCGGUCGCGGCGUUGUCGGCGUUCAAGUUUAUCGGGGCGGUGUGGUUCUUGGUGGUGAGAAUGUUUAGGGGGGUGUAG